AUGGCUAGUCUUCCAAGUGAAUACGAGAUCGAUGCUGUACUCGAUGCUGCCUUGGAUGAGUUAGACCAAGAUGAUGACGACGAUCGACAAAGAGAGCUGGACGAAUCAUCAAAUGGGAUUGCCGUUGAUGUGUCAAAUAUGGCCCAUUCCGCAACCAAAAGUAACUCGUAUCAACAUGAGACACCAUUCGUGGGCCCGCUACCGCCACCUCGUGCCGCAGGCGAUGAAGGGCUUAAUGAAACAGACGCGAUACUCUCCAGCAUGAUGAAAGAGCUACUUUCCGCAAAUGGAGAAGAUGUAGAUGCCGCUGCGAGUGAAUUCUUGGGAAAUCUUAUUCAUGAAAUACAAUUUGAAACAACCGAAGCGCAACGCACGGAUCCUGCACCCUCCCCCAGCGAUGGUUCAAAACAAAGCCGAAGCUCGAACCCAAGCAAAUCUGAUAAAGAAUCGAGCACUACAGUAGAUGAGGCGAUCUCAACCCUGAUUGAAGAUAUGGCCAAGCAGGCAGGUACUGAUGAGUUUGGAAAAGACGACUCAUCGGAUGAGACGAUGCUAAAUGACUUGAUGCAAGGUUUUGCGGGCAUGGGGGAAGGCUUUGAUACGGACGCGGUUAUCGACGGAAUGAUGGAGCAGUUAGUUUCGAAAGACUUGAUGUAUGAGCCGAUGAAACAGGUCGCUCUGAAGUUUCCCUCCUGGCUAAAAGAGAAAAAAGACUCGAUUACAGAGCAAGAAUACUCAAACCGAUGCAAACAGUCGAAGUGUUUUGAACGAUUGGUGCACGUCUACGAAACAGAGCCCACCAAUACCGGAAAGCUUAUGAAUCUGAUGCAAAACGUUCAAGCAUACGGUCAGCCGCCCAGGGAAAUUAUACAAGAGAUCGCCCCAGGUCUCGAAAUGGACGUGGAUGGUAUGCCAAAGCUUGAUGCUUCUGGAAUACCAACCGAUUCGGACUGCUGCUCUAUGUAA